CCUGGCCAAGAACGAGUACAGAAUGCAAAAGUUUUACUCAUCUCAGAAAUCUGUGAAAGGUGCCCUUGAAGCACUCGCCGAUAAGAAGAUCAAGGGAAUACGUUUCAAUUAUGACAAAAGUGUCUAUGCUGAAAUAUUUGAAAAAGUGAAUAUGAAAAGGACAUACAUGGACCGCAACGGUAAUCCGACUGGAAGACUUAAUAUAAUUGACUAUAAUACUCGAUUAUCACCUAUGACAUAUCAUUUGAAUACGGUGUUUGAGCCGGAACAUCAUUUGAUAUACCCCGAUGGACAAGCUGCUUUCAAGUUCUGGAAAAAUAUGGAAAUCGAAGAACUUGAAAUGAAAAAUAUCCACGUGCUUCAAACAAGCGUUGCGAGUACGGUGAAAGCCAAUCUUUUAACCAAGCCCUUACAAGAGAAACUCAUUAACCCAAGCUUUUUGCCAACCCUUAGCGACGAAGAAGAGCAGAAACUCAAAGAGGAGCACAUAGAGCCCGUAAACGAUACCAUUCUCUUUAUCGGAGAUUUCAUGUCAAGCACGCACGCUGGAGCUCUUAGGACGUGUAUAUAUUACAACGAAGUGAGGACUUCGAUGUUCAGGUACGGAGGAGUCAAGUUUCUAGCAUGGACUACACCAAACGAGGUUCUCAAAUAUGUCGGUCCGCUUGGUUCCAUCCACAGACGCACGAAUGCCAUGAUGGCAAACUUAUAUUCCGAUAUCCGCAUUAUUGCAUGCUCAGAAAAGCUGAGUAACCCAAAAGCCAUGAGGCUUGUCGGUGAGAUGGACACCGUCAAGCUACCCUUCAAUGAACUGGACGGGGAAGUUUGUCUUCUCGAACUGCAGUCUAACCACAACAAAUAUGACAUCAAAUUUCACGACGAGCUACAUCUCAUAAUUCACAAACUGUUCUGCACACCAGGUGCCCUUCUAGAUGAAAAGUUGCAUGUUCUUGGCCCUGGUGCAGAAGAGUAUCUGAGAAGCAAUGUUCCACAAGAGGUGUUGCACAAGAAGAUUAGUAUGAUCACCAAUCAGGAAUUUGUGGAUCUUUCUGAAAUUUACUUCUACUGGCCUUUCAAGCCAAACACCAGUCUUGAAACCUACGGGAACCAGGACUCCUUUUUCGAUAACGAGUAACCGUCUUAGACGACUGUAUAUACAUAUAACUAAACUAUAGACUUUCAAAGUACUACAAGUAGUAUAAUCACGUG